AUGAAUGAUAUGUGUCUUCUUUAUAAAAUUUUAAAUAACAUUGUAGUGCAAUUCAUAUAUGAGAUAUUUCAAUCCGAGGUAGAUAGUUGUAUUGAAGGCGAGCAAAAUUUUCCGAUGCAAGAUCAGUCUUACGAGACCCUUCUGCAAAUACCUGAUGCAGACGGUGAUUUGAUAACUUUCGAGGAGCUGAGACCUGUGAAACACUCCAGUUUCGACCAGAGCUAUGAGUCUUUCUAUGAUUCUUCUUGCUUGCAGAAUCCAUGUUCUUCUGGCUUGUACAAAACAGACAUAACAGAUGCCAACCAACCCUUGGAUGGUUCAGAUCUGCAUGAAGUAGAUACGACUGUAAGCUGUGGAAGUAGAAAAAGGAAGGCUUCAAUUAAACAAAACCACAGCGAAAUUGAAAAACGCAGAAGAGACAAAAUGAACACUUACAUUACCGAGCUAUCAUCUAUGAUACCGAUGUGCAGUUCGAUAUCUAGGAAAGUGGAUAAGAUCACUGUUCUCAGGAUGGCUGUGGAAUAUCUCAAAACGAUUCGUGGACCAGCUCAUUCUUACACCGAAACGCAUUAUAAGCCGCCAUACAUUACGGACCAAGAACUCAAACAUCUAAUAUUGCAGGUAGCUGAAGGUUUCCUUUUUGUAGUUGGUUGUGACAGAGGAAAAAUACUAUAUAUCUCAGAAUCUGUCUCCAAAGUUCUUCAUUUCUCUCAGAAUGAUCUUCUCCGUCAGAGUUUAUUCGAUAUUGUCCAUCCAAAAGAUGUUGCGAAGGUUAAAGAACAGCUCUCAUCAUCUGAGCAUAACCCACGAGAAAAAUUCAUGGGGAGUAGAAUUUCCAGAUUGUGUCCUGGUGCACGAAGAUCCUUUUUCUGCAGGAUGAAACGAAACAUAUCUCAAAUUCAAGAUAAAUUUAAUAUGGGCGGCGAUGACAAAGAGGAAGAUAAUCAAAUAACAGGAAGAAAGUAUGCCGUGAUACAUUGUACCGGCUACCUGAAAUCUUGGCAUCCGUCAACAAUUGGUAUAGACGAACAGGAUAAUGACGUAGAUGGAGACUCCUACAAUGUCUCAUGUUUGAUUGCAGUAGGUCACAUAAUAAACAACAUUGCUACCACGGCGACAGCCUCCCAACAAAGGAUCAACACCAAACCCAUCCAGUUCAUCUCCAAGCAUACCUUGGACGGCAAGUUCCAUUUUGUCGAUCAGAGAGUGACGCUCGUGCUUGGUUUCUUGCCUCAGGAACUUCUAGGAUGUAGUAUAUACGAAUACUUCCAUCCCGAGGACAUCCCUGUCUUGGCAGAGACCCAUGAAACCGUACUUCAAUCAACUGAGCGAUUCUACACCAAACCGUACAGAUUCAAAACGAAAGAUGGGGGUUUUGUAGACAUUCAAAGUGAAUGGAGAGCUUUCAAGAAUCCCUGGACCAAAGAGAUCGAAUAUUUGAUUUCUAAGAACAAUCUUGUAAUUGACUGGGAGAAAAUCGAAAUAAAUGGACCAAGAACCCAACCAGUGGAUGAUUUGGAUUUCAUGAAUGAAAGGAACCAGCUCCCACAAGCAGAAAAUACCGAUGAGGGAAUAAUCAAGUUGAUGGAGGACGUGACAAAAAAACCACCGAAUAUCAAACAGCAAUCCGAUGGAAAUGAUGAAGCUGCCAUGGCCAUAAUUAUGAGUUUACUAGAGGUGGAUGCUGGUUUAGGAGGACCUGUCGAUUUCUCUGGACUUCCUUGGCCGUUACCUUAAAAAGAAUUAUAAUAUAUAUGGAAAUAACUGGGAAAUAUAAAUAUGUUGAAAC